AUGGAACGGCUACCACAGUGUCCCAUUGCGUCACGAAGACCGGCACUACACCGCGUUCAUCACGCCCUGGGGUCGCUACCGAUACUGUACCACCCCCCAGGGUUACAUAUCUUCCGGGAUGGUUAUUCUCGAAGAUUUGACGAGAUCGUUUAUGACUUUCCCAACAAGAUCAAGGUCAUCGACGAUGCGCUUUUAUGGGCAGAUACAUUGGAGCAGAGUUUCUUCCAAACAUGUCAGUGGCUGGAUACUUGCGGGAGGAACGGUAUUAUACAGAACCCUACGAAGUUCGUGUUCGGAGCGGACACUGUCGAAUUUUCGGGCUUCGAGAUAACAACUGACGAUGUGAAACCGUGCCAGAGGAUCAUUCGAGCCAUCGCGGAUUUUCCAAGACCUAAACACAUUACCGAUAUAAGGUCUUGGUUCGGACUCGUUAAUCAGGUGACUUACGCCUUCAGCAUGACCGAUAAGAUGAUACCCUUCCGUGAGCUCUUGAAAUCGAAAUCAACCUUCUACUGGGAUGCUCAUCUGCAACGCCUAUUCGAAGAGUCGAAACUCAAAAUAAUCAAGGAAAUUGAGCAUGGAGUCAAGAUCUUCGACAAGUCUAUGCCAACUUGUCUUGCAACUGAUUGGUCUAGAACCGGCUUAGGAUUUUGGCUCUUCCAGAAACACUGCAGCUGUCCAGUUGGCAGCAGAUUCACUCAUCCCGCUGAGUCACGCUACGCGCCUGUAGAAGGCGAAGCAUUAGCCGUAGCCGACGCACUGGAUAAAGCUCGGCACUUCGUACUGGGAUGUGACAACCUGACCAUCGUCGUCGAUCAUAAACCACUUCUUGGACUGUUCAACAACCGAUCACUAGAAGAUAUUCCCAACAACCGGCUCAGAAACCUCAAGGAGAGAACGUUGCGAUAUCGUUUCACUAUGCACCACAUCCCUGGCAUUAAGAAUCGUGCUCCAGACACAGUCUCCCGCUAUCCCACCGGUAGUCAAACUCCAGAUAAGAUGCACCUACCGGAUGACGUUGCUUACAUCGACGAUGAUCAGUCGAUAUCGGCAUUGAUCCCCUUCGUAACACCACCUCUGCAUCGCAUGAUAUACGACGAGGCCCAUCCUACGGUACGCACUAUCGACACCGAUGCUGCGGUAGAAGAGGGUAUCCGAUUCGCUGCUAUAUCCACUAUAAACUUUCUGCAGUCAGUAUCAUGGGACAGAGUCCGCCUGGCGACUGCCAGCGACACUAAUAUGAAAAAUCUGGUGGAGAUAAUUGAAUCAGGCAUGCCACCUAAUCGUCAAGAUCUCCCUCUGGACCUCCAACCAUACCACCAGUUCAGAGAGAACUUAUCGACAGUUGAUGGUGUUGCAGUAUAUAAGGGCAGGAUAAUUAUACCACCACAGCUUCGCAAAGACAUCCUUGCUGCGCUCCAUGCCGCUCAUCACGGAGUCACGUCCAUGACAGGUAGAGCAGUGUCUUCGGUCUUCUGGCCCGGUAUGAUCACAGCCAUCAUUCAGCAGAGGAGCAAUUGCAGCCACUGCAACCGCAUGGCACCUUCUCAACCUGACGCACCCCCUUCACCGCUUAAUUACCCGAAAUACCCGUUUCAGUACAUCUUCGCUGACUUUUUCCACUACAAGGGCCACUACUAUCUCGUCUGCGUCGAUAGGUAUUCCAAUUGGCCUAUCGUGAAAGAAUCUUCCGGCGGAGCGCAAAGCCUUAUUAACAUCCUACGACGCACGUUCGUCACCUAUGGUAUCCCAGACGAAUUGUCUUCGGAUGGGGGCCCAGAAUUUACUGCUGCAUCCACCAAAUCCUUCCUGAAUAAUUGGGGAGUGAGCCAUCGUCUGUCUUCCGUGGCAUUCCCGCAUAGUAAUUGCCGUGCAGAAGUCGGUGUGAAGACAGUCAAACGCAUGAUUACAGACAACACUGGGCCCAAUGGUGAACUUGAUACUGAUGCCCUCCAACGAGCAGUACUACAGCAUCGCAAUACGCCAAACCAGGAUACCACGAUGUCCCCAGCCAUGUGUUUGUUUGGUAGACCAAUCAAGGAUUUUAUACCGAUCCUUCCCGGCAAAUAUAAACCGCACCCAACCUGGCAGAGCACCCUGCGGGACAGGGAAGGGGCCCUCCGAAACCGCCACAUGAAGGAUGCGGAGAGGUUGUCUGAACAUACACGACGACUCCCCCCGCUUCUGGUAGAUGAUCGCGUCAGGAUCCAAAACCAAAUCGGUCCCAAUCCCCGGAAAUGGGACAAGACCGGUUCCGUGGUAGAAGUCAAGCAAUAUGACCAGUAUGUCGUACGUACAGAUGGUUCCGGCAGAGUAACGCUUCGUAAUCGCAAGUUCCUCCGGAAGUAUGUCCCUGUUCGUCAGCCAACACCACCAGUCUCUAUUUUGGACACACAGAAUGUACCACAACCAAUUCCGGCUACAACUGGUCACACCUGUUUGCAGCCUACAUCAUCCGAUACGCCCAUGCCCUCAACGGGUCCCCAACCCUCAGAUGAUCCGCGCGAUCGGUCCACCAGGAGCCGACAUCACCAAACAUCCCAUUGGAUUCCGAACCACCAGUGGAGCCGUGCCCGGCCCCUUUGGGCCAUCUGCCGCCUCGUAGACCCACCAGGGCUCGACGACAGCCAUGCAAGUUGA